AUGGAAAAUGGUGUUAAUAAAUGGCGUGUGGAUGUCAUUUCGAUGUUUUUUGGCUUCCCGACAAGACAAAUUGAUGGAUAUGAGAGGUUGGAGAACGUCAUCCGCACUGCACGCUCUAAUAAUGUCCUUCUCUUCGCAGCGGCUUCCAACAGAGGUGCCAAUGAGGGUCGAGCAUAUCCUGCUCGAGAUGAUAAUGUCAUUUGUGUCCAUUCUACUGACACCUAUGAAAACCGAUCAGACUUCAGUCCAGAGCCCGUUCGAAAUGUCAUUAAGAUUGCAACUGUCGGCGAGGCUGUGGAAUCUGCAUGGCCAGGGCAAGGAGUGCUAUUUAAGUCUGGUACAUCGUACGCAACGCCUAUCGCAGCCAGUAUGGCGGUAUUUUUGCUAGAGUGUGCAAGAAUAAAUCUGUCUGACAAUUAUGCCGAUAUGAUGAAGCAGAAGUCGCGCAUGGAAGCUUUACUUACCCGUAUAGCAGAUAGAGCUCGGGAUGGAUACCAGUAUGCGGUGAUUAACAGGUCCUCCAAUAAUCUCUUUGGCAGGGAUCAAGAAUCUAUUAUUGAUUCCAGGAUUCAGGAGAUAUUAAACAGUGAGCGUUAA